AUGGUCCAAAUACCCUCACUGGAGCAUUUCUUCCUGCAUCCAUUUCUCAUUGGCCAUGAAAGCUGGCCUGGCAUUUGCCUUGUUCUUUUGGGCACAGAGGGCUUUUCUUGCGGUCCGUCCUGGCUCCUGGUGCGUUCGCACACAGGGUCAGUCACGUUUCGCCCGGCCAAGCAAAAUGAACAGACGGACUCGGACUUGCGCAUUCUCAUCACGUUCCGGAGAUGCCCGAAUGUCCAACAGUUGUGUAGUGAGGAAGACUGUAUUCAGCGGACAAGUGCAGCGUGGAGUCUCAGCCGGUCUGCAUGGUCAUGGGCAGUGUGA